UUCCUCGGACUGCCUUCUAGGCUUCUACACCAUAGAGAGUGAAUGAGUGACAGUGAAGCCACUCCGAAUCCAAAAUCCGACUUAAAACCCCUCAGAACACUCAAACAGAAGUAAAUGGAUCCGAUAGAAGCCGCGAAGGAGCUCUCAUUCCGGGUCGGGUUCUCCGGCCACAGCGGCCACCUCAGGCUCGAGCCUCUCUUCACCGCCGAGCGCUCCGACCCCGUCAAGUCGCUCCCCGAUUUCGUUCUGCCUCCUGCAUUUGUUAGGGAGACGCCGGAGUCGAUAAAAGAGUAUAUAGAGGAGACAUAUUUGUUGCCGAGAUUGGAUUCUGAUGUAUUUGCACCGGAAAAGGCUGGGAGGCAGUGGGAUUUCGACUGGUUUGACAAGGCAAAUGUGCCGUUGGAGCCAUCGUUGCCGCGGUCUGUUGUUGUUCCUACAUGGGAGUUACCGUUUAGGUGCCAGAAGAAUGGAUCAGAAGGAGGGAUAUGGGAACCUAAAUCUGUGCAGGUUGAUGAAACAGAACGUACUGUAGAAGCACAAGAGUCUGGUUCGUUGCCACGCAUGGCCGGACCAGCAAAGGAUUUUGUACGGGGAAGCAUCAGCAACCGCCCUUUUCGUCCAGGAGGCUUGGAUGAUUCCCAAUCUCUAGAAAGAACUCUUCCCGAAGGUGCUUCUAAUGGCGAAUGGGUACGCCAACUUCUGACUGGUGGCCCUGCGCAGGCUGUUCCACCAAGUUUUAAGCAAGGAUUGGACCUUGGUCCUCUCAAGGCAUAUCCAGUCUCAUGGAAUGUAUACAAUGAUCAAAGAUCAGUCAAGAGCACAUCAGAUGAAAAGCUGGGUAUGCAGAGUGAGUUGUCUGUACAGUUUGAUGACUUGUUCAAAAAGGCUUGGGAUGAGGAUGUUGUUGAAUUAGAAGGAGACGGUCAAUUGUCAGGAUCAGAAUCUGUUGAGUCAGAGUAUGAAGUAAAUGUGGUUGAUGUUGAUAUUACCAGCAAUCCUUCUGAGCCUGAACUGUCUGUUUUGGAUGAGAUCUUGUCUGUUGAGGCAGGAGACUCAAAGUCAAGAUUCAAUGGAACUGGUGGUGAACAGAACCCGGAGGCCUGGGCUAUUAGUGGACGUACUGAAUGGAUUUCAGAGAAUUUUAAUGAUCUUGUUCCUGAUAUGGCACUUGAUUUUCCUUUCGAAUUGGAUACAUUCCAAAAGGAGGCAAUUUAUUAUCUUGAAAAGGGGGAGUCUGUAUUUGUAGCUGCUCACACAUCAGCUGGAAAGACAGUUGUUGCAGAAUAUGCAUUUGCUUUGGCAUCAAAACAUUGCACUAGAGCUGUGUAUACAGCUCCUAUCAAAACCAUCAGCAACCAAAAAUAUAGGGACUUCUGUGGAAAAUUCGAUGUUGGACUUCUCACUGGUGAUGUUAGCUUGAGGCCCGAGGCUUCUUGUCUCAUUAUGACCACUGAAAUACUAAGAUCAAUGCUUUAUAGGGGUGCUGACAUCAUACGUGAUAUUGAAUGGGUUAUCUUUGAUGAGGUUCAUUAUGUCAAUGAUGUCGAAAGAGGUGUUGUCUGGGAAGAAGUUAUUAUAAUGCUCCCAAGACACAUCAACAUUGUCCUCCUUUCAGCUACGGUGCCAAACAAAGUUGAGUUUGCUGACUGGAUUGGACGGACAAAGCAAAAGCAAAUCCGUGUUACUGGGACUACAAAAAGACCAGUCCCAUUGGAGCACUGCCUAUUUUACUCUGGAGAACUUUACAAGAUAUGUGAAAGUGAAACCUUCAUUCCUCAGGGCUUCAAAGCGGCAAAAGAUACAUUCAAGAAAAAGACUAUGAGUCCUGCCACCAGCGGUGGUGGUGGUGGAUCACGUGCUCCAGCUUCUGCGUCAGCUUCUCAUGAUGGGGCUCGAGGUCCAAAACGUGAAACCUCACAUAUGGAAAAACAGAAGCAAUCAGGUGCCCAUAAUUCAGGGAAUUUAUCCAGAACUGGUGGAGCAAAUCAAAACAACGGCAAUGGCAUGAACAAUUGGGGUUUAAGAAGAUCAGAUGCUUCUUCGUGGUUGUCACUUAUUAACAAGCUGUCAAAGAAGUCACUAUUACCUGUGGUUAUAUUUUGUUUCUCAAAGAAUCGCUGUGAUAGGUCAGCUGAUAGCAUGUUGGGAAUUGACCUCACAAGUAGUUCUGAGAAAAGUCAGAUUCGUGUUUUCUGUGACAAAGCAUUUUCACGGCUGAAGGGAUCUGACAGGAAUUUACCUCAGGUUGUCAGAGUUCAAAAUCUUCUCCAUAGAGGGAUUGGUGUCCAUCAUGCAGGACUUCUUCCAAUUGUUAAGGAAGUUGUUGAAAUGCUCUUUUGUCGUGGUGUGAUAAAGGUUCUAUUUUCGACAGAGACAUUUGCAAUGGGAGUUAAUGCACCAGCGAGAACGGUUGUUUUUGAUACAUUAAGGAAAUUUGAUGGCAAGGAAUUCAGACAACUACUACCAGGAGAAUACACUCAAAUGGCAGGCCGUGCUGGCAGGAGAGGACUUGAUAAAAUUGGUACAGUGAUUGUAAUGUGCCGUGAUGAAAUCCUAGAAGAGAGGGAUUUGACGCAUGUCAUAGUUGGAAGUGCAACCAGGCUAGAAUCUCAGUUUCGGCUUACUUAUAUUAUGAUCAUGCAUCUUCUUCGUGUUGAAGAACUAAAGGUGGAGGACAUGCUGAAAAGAAGUUUCGCUGAGUUCCAUGCUCAGAAGAAACUACCUGAUAUGCAGCAACUUCUGAUGCGAAAACUUGCUCAGCCUACAAAAAGUAUCGAAUGUAUCAAAGGGGAACCAGCUAUUGAGGAGUAUUAUGACAUGUACUCAGAAGCGCAGAAGCAUAGCACAGAAAUAUUGGAGGCAGUAAUGCAGUCCUCUGUUGCCCAACAAUUUCUUACUCCUGGAAGAGUGGUCGUCAUGAAAUCACAAUCAGCCCAGGAUCACUUGCUUGGAGUUGUUGUGAAAGCACCUUCUUCUAGUAAUAAGCAGCACAUUGUUUUAGUGCUGAAACCUGAACUACCAGCGACAAUCCAAACUCCCCUGGCUAGUGGUAGCUUACAAGAUACCAAAAACACUGAUUCUUCUCAGGGUUUCUACAUGGUAGCUAAAUCUAAACGUGCUCUUGAAGAAGAGUAUUGUACCUCUGUUUCUUCUCGCAAAGGAUCAGGUGCCAUCAACAUAAAAUUACCACACCAGGGUGCAGCUGCUGGGGUGAGAUACGAGGUUAGAGGAGCCGAUAACACAGACUUCUUAUACAUAUGCGCAUGCAAAAUAAAGAUUGACCAAGUUCGGCUUCUUGAGGACAGUAGUAGUGCUGCUUACUCCAAGACGGUGCAACAGCUGUUGGAAAAAAAAUCUGAGGGAAAUAAGUACCCUCCAGCAUUGGAUCCAUUGAAAGAUCUGAAGUUGAAAGACAUGCAUCUUGUGGAAACAUACUACAAGUGGACUAACUUAUUGCAGAAGAUGGCAAAGAAUAAGUGCCAUGGAUGUAUUAAAUUGGAGGAACACAUCAAGUUAGCAAGAGAGAUAAAAAGACACAGCGAGGAAGUUAAUGCUCUUAAGUAUCAAAUGUCAGACGAAUCACUUCAACAGAUGCCCGAUUUUCAAGGCCGGAUAGAUGUUCUGAAGGAAAUCGGAUGUAUAGAUGCUGACCUUGUUGUUCAAAUAAAAGGCCGUGUCGCAUGCGAAAUGAAUUCUGGGGAGGAGUUGAUAUGCACGGAGUGUUUGUUUGAGAACCAACUAGAUGACCUGGAACCAGAAGAAGCGGUGGCAUUAAUGUCAUCUUUUGUUUUUCAGCAGAAGAAUACUUCUGAACCUUCGCUUACUCCUAAACUUUCUAUGGCGAAAGAGAGACUGUACGACACAGCAAUAAGACUAGGCGAGCUUCAAGCUUACUUCAAACUUCCAAUAAAUCCGGAGGAGUACGCCAGAGAGAAUCUCAAGUUUGGUCUUGUUGAAGUCGUUUAUGAGUGGGCAAAGGGCACACCAUUUGCAGAUAUUUGUGAACUUACCGAUGUUCCUGAAGGCAUGAUAGUUCGCACCAUUGUUAGACUUGAUGAGACAUGUCGUGAAUUUAAAAAUGCUGCAUCUAUUAUGGGUAAUUCUGCUCUAUACAAGAAGAUGGAGACAGCUUCAAAUGCAAUAAAACGUGACAUUGUUUUUGCAGCUAGCUUGUAUGUCACAGGAGUAUAACUGCUUCCUUGAAGGUACAACUCUCCAGUUCGUCCUUGUAAGUACCAAAUAGAAGGAUCUGGAAAUGAGCCAUACCUUGUUGUAGAUUAGUGAUUCCUACCCUUAUGUGAAAAAUUUUCGCAUAGCAAAUGUAGAUUUUGUAAGAUACGGCAGGAAUAUUUUGCCAUUUUAGUUGAGAUUCAGGAAACUGUUCAGCUGCAAACAAGCUGACAGUUUUAAUCUGCCUCGAGUCUUGACGUGCAUUUAUGGUUCAAAUGCAUUAUUCUGCAAUUUUCUCAUCA